GUUUUCUGAGCAAGGACGCCUCUUCCCCCGCCUCCCGCUGCCUCGGCAACACUCUCCUCAGCGCAGUCGCUACCAAUCUAUGAGAUUCUCCUCGCUGCUUGGCAACACAUACCACAUCCACAACAUUCCCUCCGGACCACUGGGCUUCCCUCUCGUCGACACAGACAGGCCACCCUAGGACUCUCUUGCCCUACAGCCCUACCUGACAACCCUUGCUCUUCCAUAUGGGAUAAGUUCACUCCACUAGCCUCGGAUUCAGGUCGCCGGCACGUCUCAAUACCCACCCGUGCAAAUAGACAACGCACCCCGCAUCACCCACUACUUACCAUUUAUCCCGUAUUUAAAGCACCCUCCCUCUGCUUUUAAACCGAUACGACAAAAUGUACGGUACACUCAAGACUCCUUCGUUCCUCCGCCCGACCAGUCGCCCUUCCUCCCCGGUCAUGUCGCCUGUCCCUGACUCAGCGAUGGCCACUGACAGGGCAGCGCGCCCGCUCUCAAAGCUGUCGCUCUCGACCUUCAGGAAGCCCUCCCCAUCCCCGGCUCCGCCUUCGGCGCGCGUAGCCUCUGUUACCGUGACACAGGACGGCUCCUACAUGGAUGUCUUGAGUCUCAAGCUCAGCGAGGCUGUAUCGAAGGCUCUUGCCCAGCCCACCGGACCUGGUGCUCCCAAUGAGAUUCUGAAUGGCAGAAGGCCAAUACCAGCGGGGCGUGGACGCGCGCUGGGCGCCCUCAUUGCCUCGGAAAUCAAGGCUUCGCGUGACAACCCCCAUCUCUAUAGAGCACUGCUCCGGUCGCUGCAGCGACCACUGUCUGUAUUGCUGUCGAACCUGUCCAGUGAUCUUCUACCGCUGUUGGCUUCAUCAGCAUUCCACAACAAUCUCGUUCCGACGCCGCAGAACCCGAACUCAAAUGCGACUCAGCUUCAUGCCAUUGGCCUCGCUACCCUUGCUGGCGAAAUCCUCGAGGCAUUCGAUGGCUUGGGCUUGGGCCUCGAGACGGACAUGAGAGGCGACGGCCUCAAGACCAUCCGUGACGGGCUGAUGUCAAUGGUCAGGAGGGUCGUCGAGCCUCUCAUUACCGGUAUGAGAACUGAACUCAUGCCGCUCCUGGAUGCCUUGGAAGCGAGUCCCAACGCGCCCAGUGCUCCGAGGGGCUCGCGGACGCCCAUCGCUCAUCCUUCCAUCAUGACUUUGCAGGGUCUGAUGCCGGUGUAUGCGCGCGCUCUUGGUCGCUAUGUCACCUCAGCCGUCGCCGAAAACUCCCUUGCCACACUUCUCAUCUCGCUAAUUUGGCGGGCCCUCGUGGCGCUUUCGAACCGACCAAACCCACCGCAGACCCCGCCGGCCUCGCCGACUUUGUCUUCUACGAAGACGAAGGAUGGGAGGCGUGCAACUUCCCAAACGCGCUCUACCCCGCCUGCUACGCCCCCGGCGAGUCGUUUCACUCUGAAGCUUCCCCCUUCGAGGCCUCCGUCCCCACCGGGCGCACCCAGUGUUCGUGGAAGCAGUGCGGCAGCUGAUUGCCGCGCUUUGUACGACCUUCUUAACAUGCUUCCUCGGCCUUCGGCUGACAAGGAGACCACACGACUGGCUCGUGAGGCGGUUGACGAAGCAUUCGACGCCCUCAGCUCGUUGACGGCGUUGCUGGAGGCCAUUCAGGCCACUGUCACAUCUAGCAGAGGACGCGCGGGUGGUCUCGCCGCUGGCCUCGCGGAGCUCGAGAGCGAGCUCGAGGUCUUGACGGCGGACCUGCCUAUGCUCAUCGCGCUCCCCAUUUUGCUGCGCACCUUCCUGCCCCCGAUUGGGACCGACCAGGAGCGCACCAUCUCGUCCAUCCUGGGCCUGCCCGAGGGGGAGUACCGCAGGGGCUGCCUGAGCGGGUUCGGUCGUGCGGAGGAGUGCACGGACGCGGUGGGGAAGCGCAUCCUCGACGCGCUACGCACGGGGGCGCUGGUGGGCGCGAGCGACAAGACGGACGUUCUGAUGCGGUGGGUGGAGAGCCAAAUUGCGGCCGCGAAUGCAGAGCAGCAUUGACUAUCCGUUCGGUAUAUGAUGUCCGUGUCCGUGUGUCGAUGUUUUAUUCUCGUAUUUAUCGUCAGGGUCGGGAAUGUUCGAUGGGUGAUACACGGAUCCUGGGUAACAUUACUGGUGCUGGGUUACGUUACGUGUGUCUCCUAUAGGAUAAUGAAGUGGUGGCUGUUUCGUUUCACGAUGGCCGGGUUGGUGUGGGUUGCAGGAGAUGGACUGCAGACUUGUCGUGCGUGUACGUGCAUGGACAAUCGCCGUGUCUCGUGUCGUCGUCGCUUUCGCAGUAGACCUAGACCUAUGUAUCAUAGCUUUCCUUACCCUCGUAUCCUACAAUACAUCGCAACCUACUUAUUUGCCACACGCCAUAGGCGCGAUGUUCAGACACCUGGU